UCCAGUCUUCUCUUCUGGUAUUGCCUUUUGCCGUUUCGAAGCUUGAGUUGCCAAAUGCAGCGUUCGCAUACGAUUUCAGCCUCCGUCCAACUCGCUCCCGCUCCCGCUCCAGCUGCUGGUGCUAGUGCGCCGAGCAUGCUGAGUCGCAUGCAAUUCACGGAUGCAGUGCGCAGUAUUGCUGCUGAUCUGGACGACAUUAUGCGCGGCAUCUACGCGUCUGCAGACUCGUUCAUUCUGGCGCAACGGCAGUCUGCGUAUGCCCUCCUGAACAGCGGCAAUCUCGACGACGACGACGACGACGAGAGCGACCUCAUGUCCCGACUCACAAGCCCAAGCUUGGGCAGUGCGCCUGGGUUGGUGAACAGUGCCCGCGUCAGUGUGGCUGGUGGGCAGCGCGGGAGUGCCCGCUCGCAGAGCCUCUCGACUGGUCAAGAAAGGAAGGUUGCAACUCGCCCCGUGAUGACGAGCACCAUCCCGACUGCUGCAACUGCGAGUACAAGUGCGAGUACGAAUACGAAUAGGGAUACGAAUACGAAUACGAAUACGAAUGCUGCGGAGACUGCGAUGCCGUCUGGAAUUGGCCUGGGGACGACUGAGAGCAACCUUCACUCUCACGAAGCUGCUCAGACGACCGAUUCGAUGCAUGCCAUCAAGCGCGCUCGACGGACGAGCGAUCGACUGUUACUAGAGUCCUUCUUCUCGUUGAAGUUUGGCGACUCGGUGAUGGACGGACUCGCACCGGUUGCCGAGCAACACGGCGACGCGCCAUCCGCUGCUGAUCCUGUUGACGUUGUUGACUUCUCUGAGAUGAUUGAGCCAAUCGUUUCAGAGCAAGAUUCCCCGUCCAACGACGACGCGGCGGCUCGGAAUGAUCCGGAUGCUGAAGGCGAUGAAAUUGAGGCCGCGGUCCAAGCCGAGUUGCGCAAACUCGAGGCCGAGUAUGGCGUGACCAUUGGCGAUCAAGAUCCGAUUGAUGUGUCCAACGAACCAGCAGAAGCAAAGCCAGAACCCCUGUACGCCGCUGUCAAUCGCACCAAUCAAGCAAGUUCUCGUUCAAGCGAGGUCGCGAAUUCGGACUAUGAUUUCCCGCAAGAUCAUCCCUACGCUUCUUUGAUCGAAGUCCGCCCCAAUCCUGCUCUGGGAGGCCGGCAUACUUCCGCCAUUUACGAUCGAGUGGAAGUUCGAGUCAACCCUCACCUUCAACGUGUCGGCAAAGUGAUACAGGAGUACGCAAACCUGUCCAACAAAUCCAUUCAGCCCGACCCAGCCGACCCGCCAGCCGAUCCAGCCGACCCGCCAGCCGAACUGACGAGCUCGGGAUCGCUUUCAUUCAAGCAGUUGCCCAAACCUCCACCGGCGCCCGCUGCAAUGGGGAGCUCGAACGCUACUUCUCAGAUAGCUGCCGCCACCGCAGCCGCCGGUGGUAGCAUACCGAGCUCUGAAGCUCGCCCCGCUGCCAAGAGCUCGUUCACACAGACUUCCAAGAGCAAAGAUGCCGAAAAGCCAAAGGGGAAGUUUACAAUCACUCCAGUCACAGAUUUCGUCAAACAAAUGGCCUUCAAACGCAUGAAGAGCCGAAACAAUGUUGCCCAGGGACUCGUCUCGUUCUUUUCCAAAACCACGACAAGCAAAAACACACCCGAGGGCCGCACAAUCGCCCACUUUUUGGAAUGCACACGAGAGAGCAAGGACACGACUGCGCAAAUGCUCUGUUCGAAUGUGCGCCAAUUCGUUGAUGGCAUGACCAACUAUAUUGUCGACAAACGAGGUCGCGAUGUCGAGGGCAUUGUUGCCAAGUUUGCCAAGGACCCUGCGAUUAUGAUGUUGAACGUGGAUGCCAUUAUCGAAGGCGCACUUCAGCAAAGCAUUAUUGCGCCCCUCAAGCCUUACAUUUGCCGUCGUCUCAUGACUGAGCUGCAAAUCAAAGGGUCGAUUCAGCAGUUUGCCGCAAACAGCCGCGAAAUCGCAAUGCAAACCCCGGCCCAAGUCGGAAUUCGGGACAAAUUCGUGCCUGCCGCUGGAUGGGGACCAGCGAUCGCUUGCCUUCAGAAAAUGUAUCGCGUGACGCUGCCGCUGCGGAAGCUUGAAUACCUGCUUGCCACCGUGACGUCCAUCCACAGUCUUAUCCAAGAAUCCGCGCCUGCAGCGUCGGAAGGAGCUGGGUCAAAUGAGCCAUUUUCUGUCGUCCUCGGAGCAGAUGACUUUCUGCCGAUUUUCAUCUAUGUUCUUGCGCUGUCUGGCCUCGAUACUGCGGAAGUCGAGGCCGAGUACAUGUGGGGUCUCCUGGAUCCUGCCCUGUUGACCGGCGAAGGCGGGUACUACCUGACGGUGCUGAGCAGUGCAAUCCAUGUUGUCAAAACGUUGCAAGCUGCCCAGCCACUGGCUGCACCCCCCUCGGAGGCCAUUGCUCUGGCCGCCAGCGCAGCAACAUCCAGCAGCAAGAAUACCGUACCAGCACGCGCGCCCCGCGUCGCCGACAUGCAGGGAUUUCUUCGAGUGUACUUUUCCGACGACGACCUGCGCGUAUUCAAGACCCUGCCCGUCCGACCGCUCACCUCUGCGCGAGAAGCGAUUACGCUCAUCGUAGAAAAGAUGCGACUGCCGCCGGGGCGCUAUGGCUUGUUUGAGCUGCGAAAUGGUGUUGAGUUUGGUCUGGAGGAUUCUCAGCAGCCUCAAGCUGUGAAAGGCAACUGGCCCCUUGAAGGCAGCGAUGAUUUGUAUCAGAUCAUCUUUCGUCGAUUGCGCGACUAGGCCAUCAUCGAGAGUCGUACUUUUGCGUCCACUGGUCGAUUGGUCUGAGAAUACAUCUAUUCGAGG